AUGUUGAAUAAAGUACCUAAUCUCUGUCUAUCUAAUGGUUUAGCAUUCUAUGAAAUACCGGAUUGUUUAAAAACCUUAACUGAAUUAGAAGAAAGAUUAAUAUCACCGAGAAUUCCUUUUAUGGUAAUUCGAAGUUUAGGUUAUUCUAAACAAUUUGGUCUCAAAGGUAACCUUGUAAAUGUUCCGAUGAAUAUUGACACAAACGUUUCAAUCUUACCCAGAACUUUUAGUGAUACUCAAACAAUUCAGUUAAAACUCAUGAGACAAAUGAAAAAUAAAAAUGCUUUUAUGUACGAAACAAUUCGACCAAAAGUCGUACAUACAGCUGUUAAAUAUCUUGUUGAACAAGAACUUUAUAAAGAUGAAGGGAUUGUUAUAUCUAAUGAUUGGCUAAAUCAGCACUUCAGCGAAACAGAAAAUUUUAUCGUUAAUGAUGAAGAUAAAAAAAUUAAUGAGAAUGAAAACACAAAAGGUUCUGACGAUGAUGAUAACUGGAAUGAGUGUGACGACGAGCCAAUCAAUCCAGGAGCUACUGAAACAUUAUUAAAUGAUGAAAUUGCCGAUCAAAAUGAUACCGGUAUCAAAUUUGCUCCAGCCGAGAAUAACAGACCGAUAUCUAUUUUGAUGGACUUGAAAGUUGACGAGUUGACAUUUCCGAAAAUUUAUUGUGGAAAACAACGAAAAAUUAAAGAAAAUACUAAAUUAACUUAUGCUAAAAUUGCUAAAAAUGAUCCUGUAACAUGCGUUCGUUAUUUUGAACAUAGAUUAAAAUUUUUAUGGGAAAUAUUAUCAGCUCCUUAUGGUCCAUUUCAAGGCUAUGAAUUAGAAGAUAAAUAUGUCAGAGUUGAAUUCCAAGUCCGUGGCUCGCCACAUAUUCAUGCUCUAUUAUGGUUGAAAAAUGCUCCGAAAUACGACAAAGAUAAACCUGAAUCAAUUGAAAGAUGUACAGAAUUUAUUGAUAAACUGAUUUCGGUUAAUUGUAAGCCAACAGAAUUUUCCGAAGAACUUAUCAAGUUGCAACGUCAUAAGCACUCACAUACCUGUAAAAAACAUGUGAAAGAUUGUAUUAUAUGUCGUUUUGGUAUUCCAUAUUUUCCGAUGAGAAGAACGAUGAUUUUAGAACCACUUAGUGAUGAUGAAAAGUUAACUAAAAAAGAACGUGAAGAGAUAAGCAAAAAGAGACAGAACGUAAUUAAAGAACUUGACAAAAUAUCAAAAGAUACAGAUAAUUCAUUAACUUUU